AUGGACCAGGAAAAGAACAAGGCAAAGAAGCCUGCCGACGACCCUCUCCGGCGCCCGCUCUACAUCUACGAUCUGCCUCCCCAAGUGUUGGAAACCCUGACGCUUGCCUCGACCGUCCGAGGUUCCCUACCCGUAGUCUCAGAAGAUGGCUCCUCGGCACCCUCGGAAUCAUUAUCGCGCGCGUCGCCCUCCGAAAACCUGACCGGUGGGUCGCAAGCCUGCUCGCUGUGCGGCCUCUCCUUCCCGACAGUUCUCGACCAGCGUGGCCACCUGAAGUCCGACCUUCACCAUUACAACCUCAAGCAGAAGCUACGCGGGAACAAGCCGGUUUCCGAAGUUGAGUUUGAGAAGCUUAUUGGGGACCUGGACGAGAGUCUGUCCGGCUCUGAUUCCGACGAGUCCGAGGAUGACGAAGACGAGAAGCGGGACAGCACGCUCACCUCGCUACUGAGGAAGCAGGCCACGCUCGCAGAGAAGAACAGCAGAAACGCAGGGGGCGAUGGAGAACAAGACGGUCUUUCCAACCGGAGGCAGAGGGGCGGCGGCAAGGCGCCGCUGAUCUGGUUCAACUCGCCUGUACUACCGGUAAACACCUAUUUUGGAGCCUACCGCGCAAUAUUCAAACCUGAGGAGGCAAAUCAAGAAGCUGGGCUUGUGGAAGUUAUCAAGAAGAAGCAGCUCGAGCCCAUCGCCGCACCCAAACCCACUGCAAACGGAGAGGCCGCGCCGGCUGCCUACAAAGGGCCGCACAUAUUCCUGUGCAUGAUCGGAGGUGGUCAUUUUGCGGCUAUGGUGGUGUCCCUGGCCCCGCGCCAGACCAAACAUGCAUCUACUGGACCUCUGAACAGAGAAGCCACUGUGCUGGCCCACAAGACUUUCCACAGGUAUACUACGAGGAGGAAACAGGGUGGCUCUCAGUCGGCGAACGACAACGCAAAGGGGAACGCACAUUCCGCAGGUUCUAGCAUCCGUCGGUACAAUGAGCAGGCCCUGAUUGACGAGGUCCGGUUGCUGCUACACGAGUGGAAGGGGUUGCUCGAUACAUCUGAGCUACUAUUCAUCAGAGCGACAGGGUCAACCAACCGGAGGACACUCUUCGGACCGUACGAGGACCAGGUCCUCAGGGCUAACGACCCCAGGAUACGAGGGUUCCCUUUCAGCACCAGGCGGGCGACCCAAAACGAGCUAAUGCGGUCCUUCAUCGAGCUCACACGCUUGAAAGUCCGCGAGAUCGACCCGGAGGCCGAGAAGGCUCAGGCAGAGACGCCGGCAAAAGUUCCGACGCCGAAGCCUGUCAAACCUGCCGCGCCAAAGCUGUCCGAGGAGGAGGAAACAGCACUGCUUCACACAUCACAACUACAGGCCUUUAUCCGAAGAUCGAAACUUCCAGCCCUCCUGUCGUACCUCAAGAACAACGACGUGCCCGCCGAUUUCCUAUUCCACCCCGUAGAGUCGCAGCAGAACCACCACGCUCCUACGUGCCUCCAUCUUUCUGCCAGCCAAAACUCGGCACCCCUAGUGUCUGGACUACUAGCGAAGGCGGGUGCAGACCCGACAAUCAAGAACCGCGACGGCAAGACGGCGUUCGAUCUGGCCGGAGACCGAGCGACACGGGAUGCGUUCCGGGUGGCCCGCGACGAGCUGGGCGAGGCCAAGUGGGACUGGGAGGCGGCGCGGGUGCCGCCGGCCAUGAAGCGGGACGAAGCCGAGCGGCGUGACGAGCGCGAGCGCCAGGAGAGCGACAAGAAGGAGGCCGAGCGCCGGCGGGCCGAGGAGGCGCGGCUGCAGCGCGAGGGGCCCCAGGUCGGCGCGGCGGGCGGCAAGCCCCGGACCAAGGGCGUGCUGGGCGGCGCGCCGCCCAAGACGGCCCAGGAGAAGCGCGAGGACGAGGCCCGCGGCCUGACCCCCGAGCAGCGCAUGAAGCUGGACCGCGAGCGCCGGGCCCGCGCCGCCGAGGACCGCCUGCGCCGGAUGCAGGCCGGGUCGGGAUAG